GCGGUAAAUCCGGGCUCGCGGCGGCUGGCGGAGGCUGUGGCCGGUGGUCCCCGCUGCGUGCUCUGAGCCCGGACUGCUAUGCAGAUGUCCUACGCUAUCCGGUGUGCCUUCUACCAGCUGCUCCUGGCCGCGCUCAUGCUCGUGGCAAUGCUGCAGCUUCUCUACCUGUCGCUGCUGUCCGGGCUGCACGGACAGGAGGAACAGGACCAGUACUUCGAGUUCUUCCCCCCGUCCCCGAGGUCCGUGGACCAGGUUAAAGCGCAGCUCCGCACCGCGCUGGCUUCGGGAGGCGUCCUGGACACGAGCGGUGACUACCGUGUGUACCGGGGCCUGCUGAAGACCACCAUGGAGCCCAAUGAUGUGAUCCUGGCCACUCACGCCAGCGUGGACAACCUGCUGCACCUGUCCGGCCUGCUGGAGCGCUGGGAGGGCCCGAUGUCCGUGUCGGUGUUCGCGGCCACCAAAGAGGAGGCGCAGCUGGCCACGGUGCUGGCCUACGCGCUAAGCAGCCACUGUCCCGACAUGCGCGCCAGGGUCGCCAUGCACCUAGUGUGCCCCUCGCGCUACGAGGCCGCGGUGCCCGAUCCCCGGGAGCCGGGAGAGUUUGCCCUGCUGCGCUCCUGCCAGGAGGUCUUUGACAAGCUAGCCCGGGUAGCCCAGCCCGGGAUCAAUUAUGCAUUGGGCACUAACGUUUCCUACCCCAAUAACCUGUUGAGGAAUCUGGCUCGAGAGGGGGCCAACUACGCGCUCGUGAUCGAUGUGGACAUGGUGCCCAGCGAGGGGCUUUGGAGAGGCCUGCGGGAGUUGCUGGAUCAGAGCAAGCAGUGGGCGGGCACCGCGCUGGUGGUGCCCGCCUUCGAGAUCCGCCGAGCCCGCCGCAUGCCGGUCAGCAAGACGGAGCUGGUGCAGCUCUACCAGGUGGGCGAGGUGCGGCCCUUCUACUAUGGGCUGUGCACGCCUUGCCAGGCGCCCACCAAUUACUCCCGCUGGGUCAACCUGCCGGAAGAGAGUGUGCUCAUGCCUUCCUACGUGGUGCCCUGGCAGGACCCCUGGGAGCCAUUCUACGUGGCUGGAGGCAAGGUGCCCCCCUUCGACGAACGCUUUCGGCAGUAUGGCUUCAAUCGCAUCAGCCAGGCCUGUGAGCUGCACGUGGCAGGGUUUGAUUUCGAGGUUUUGAAUGAAGGCUUCCUGGUUCAUAAGGGCUUCAAAGAGGCUUUGAAGUUCCAUCCCCAAAAGGAGGCUGAAAAUCAGCACAAUAAGAUCCUGUACCGGCAGUUCAAGCAGGAGUUGAAGACCAAGUACCCCAACUCCCCCCGCCGCUGCUGAGCCUUUCCCACCCCCAACCUGAGAAGGUUCAGUCUCCUGGCUCCUCAGGCGGCCCACUGGGUCUGACUGGGGUAAGAGACGGCACUCCACGUUGCCGAGGGAGCUGUGCUGUUGGAACACUGGACUUGAACAUGGGGUGCUGGGAUCCAGUCCUAGCUUUACCACUAACUAGUUGUGUGACCUUGAGCAAUCCCUUUACCUCUCUGAGCCUCCGUUAUCCCGUCUGUAACAAGGGAGGUGAGACUGCCUACCUCACGGAACUGUAGGGAGGCUCAGAUUGAGACGCCGUCUGUGAAAACACUCUGUGAGCUUCGUACAAAUGUGAAGUAUUAUUAAUAUUAUUACAGUAUUAUUGUUAUCACUCUUGUUAUUAUUAACAAUCACGGAUGGAUGAGCAGUAGGAGAGCGAAAUUUACGAAUGGGACGGUUGAGAGACUUGAGACAUGUAAUAGCCAAAUAGGAAAGAAAUGGUAUGAAGGUGUUGAAGGUGUGGAACUGCGUUCUUAGCUUUUGGCCAGAAGCCUAAACAUCUCCAGCGUCUCAGGGGCCCUGGCGGAAGAGGAGGGCUAGGUCUGCAGCCUUGUUGGGGGACAAUGCGCAGAAAUCUGUACCCUCCUAUAGGCUGGUGCUGGCUAGUUGCCUACUGAUGCCGAUGUGUAAAUAAAUGAGUGUUCACACCCA